UCAUUUUGCCACAAAGCGUCGAGCAAUGAGUAAUUUUUCAAAUACAGUAUUAGUUAAGCAUAAUUUGCCGGACAUUCACUUUACUAAUGCUUCUUUUUCUCGUGCUGUUCGUCGUAUUAGUUAAAAUCAGUACAUCGCAAAGUAGUACUGGUACUAUAUUGUUUUACAAUAAGCACAUCGACACGGAUUGCUGGAGUCGGGAAGAGUUGGCAAAGUUACAAGCUCGAAAGAUUUUGAACCAAUUAAUACCAAAGCAAACGCCACCAGAUCAAAUAACUAAAAAAAUUGCAAAUGAAGCUUUGCGAUACUACCGGGAAGCCUUGCACACUGUAGAUAAACAACAGCGUUCUGCAUCUAAAACGGUGCUAAGGGAAGCUCUAGCAGAUACCAUCGGUGGUCAUUUGAGAAGCGAAGUGCUUCCCGCCGUUAGACUAGCUUUUUACGCCGGGUAUGUGCCUUAUAAAUCAGUUAGGAAAUUACACGACCUUUACAGCGAAAUAAAGACCACGUUAAACACCGAGGGACGUGGUUGGAAACCUCCUCCCAAAAUUCCGAUGACAGCUAACCUGACAGUUAACAAAAUUACCAUAGGACGCGGCAAGCUCUACGAUCCAUGCAAUUUUUUAGUCGUUAAAAGAGAUUCAAAUGCAUGUAUACGAAUGCCAAUUCCAAUAGUUGAUGACGCUAAUGACCCCUCUGCGAUUGCACUGCCUUUCAAGAGUGGGGGCUUAGUUAAUAUGCUGUCCCCAACCUCCCAAAAUAUAUUCCUAAAAUAUUAUACUAUGGCUUCUCGGUGUAUUUUACGUAGGUCACCUGCAACCUGUCGUCAUUCCGAUAUUGUAAAAUUUAAUAGUGACUUAUGGUGUUGGAUGAAAAAUGAUGUAGCACCUCAUCUGAUGGACGAAAAGCUUUACGCAGCGUAUGGCGGCGUGCUUAGAGUAGCUGCAGCUGUACAAACUUACGGAAAAGUGUUACCCAGACGUUAUCUCUUUGAUAAUUACAGAAACCCUAUGGAAUGGCAUUCUUGGAGAAAAUUAACCGAGCCAUACUUUUUCAUAGACUCAGACUGGACUCCCAGCAUUUACGUUGGAGUCGUUGUUCUAGCUGCAUUAGCUAUUUGCUUAUUACAAAUGUUUUACAAUUAUAUAUUUGGAAAAACUAAUAUGUGUGCUUGUGGAGGACAGAAACAGUCUGUCUUUCAAAAGAUAAAGCAGCAGCAUGUCCAGCAUGGAGCAACUAAAAGCGUUUACUACAAUGAACCGCAGCGGACAUGUUGCUCUCCAGGCAGUAGGGAAACAUCAUCACAGAUUCCUUCGAAGACACAGAGAGUUUACGACUAUAAUGACAAUCUGUUAGAUGUUAUCAUGAGUGACGCCGAAACGGGCGAAUACAGCAGUUCAGACUCUAAUAACGGAUAUGAUAGUAUGAAAGAAAACGAGCAUUACGGAAUCGAGACAAAAGCAGUAGCGAGGUCGACGAGCCCACCAAAAAUAGAAACUUCAAUCGAGCAGCUGAAAAUCAAUAGAGGUCGAGUCAGUAUUCGGGGCGAUGGAGCACAGAUGACGGAUAAGUGGGCGUCAACCGAGAACGGCAGCACGUCGUGCUGCGAGUCGGCGAGCAGCGGUACUCGUAGCUCCACGUCGCGGCCGCGCACGCGGCAGGCGCGCCCGCGCGUGCGCGUGCGCGUGCGCGACCUGGCCUGGGCGCGCCAGGUGUUGCACUCGGAGAUCUCGCCCGCACCGCGCCCCAGGACAUCCAGAACCAGCCCACACACAGAAAUGGACUCAUUUACCACGUCUACGACGCAAAGAUAG